GUGACUGUGUGGAGCGUGUUAAACUGCUGCACAUUCCUCUGGCGCUCACAUUCUGCACAGCUCAGAUUAGUGGGGGAUGGAAGGAAGGAGAGGGAGGAGUUAGUUUCGUGGAAACGAGCGCAAGGCACAUGCCUGGCUUUCAGAAAACUCAGGUUUUCUGGUAGUGACAGGAGGUGAGGAGAGGAGAGGGAAGACCGCCUGCGUCCAUGUUUUUCUUUGUUCAGCAGGAGCCAGUGUAAAGGUUGAAAUUUCAGUUCCCUGCCUUUGGAAACGCAGCUCUUAACCCCACAGCCAGUUGCCACGCAACUCUAACUCCAAAUCAAAAGGAAUUACCUCAACUACCCCGGCUCUUACACAGCUGCUUUAUCUGUGCCAGAAUGUGGCUGACUCUUUUUUACAGCCUCACCGGUGGGGCAGCCCUGCUGUACGCUCUGUACAGCUGGGUGAUCCCCUCCAUUGUGCAGUAUCAUCCAGGUUUGGCACUUUUUUGGCACGACAGGGUUGUGGAACAACUGUUGAACACACUGACCCAGUCCACACGACCUCAGAGACUUCUUGCUGCAGUACAGAAAAAUGCCACAAGAGGAGACCCUCGCAGCGUGGUCCGAGCCAUCGACCAGUUCUGCKGACAGAAGGAGUGGGCCAUGAACGUGGGCGAUGAGAAAGGUUGCAUUCUGGACUCUGUGGUGUCCGAGGUGAACCCGGGGACCGUGCUGGAGCUGGGCACCUACUGUGGCUACUCCACGGUGCGGAUGGCCAGCCUGCUGCCUCCUCAGGCCAAGAUCAUCACCCUUGAAUUUAACCCAGACUUCGCUGCUGUGGCUCGGCAGGUCAUUGCCUGGGCGGGCCUGGAGGAGAAGAUUCAGCUAGUCGUCGGAGCAUCCGGGGACUGGAUCCCCAAAAUUCAGGAGCAGUUUGGGGUAAAAACAUUCGACCUGGUGUUUUUGGAUCACUGGAAGGAUCGCUACCUUCCUGACACAAAACUAAUGGAGGAGUGUGGCCUCUUAAGGAAAGGCAGCAUCCUGUUGGCAGACAACGUCAUCUGCCCCGGGACCCCCGAUUACCUGGAGUACGUUCGAAACAGCCCUCGCUAUAAAAGCCAGUACUUCAAGUCUCACCUGGAGUACACCAAAGUGGAGGARGGCUUGGAGAAAUCAAUUUUCUUGGGCUAGAUUUUCACUGAAAGCCUUCACGUUGUUCACAUGUGCUAAAACUUCAAACCCUCCACUCUUUUCGUUUUUUCUUUUUUUAAAUCUAAUAUAAAGUAAGAAAAAAGGGAUUUUCUCUGAACGUGAGUGUAUGAAGCUGGAAUUAAAAGCGACACGAAAGAAAAACAA